AUGGAUGACACCCCACAUAUUAUUGUGUUGUCAUAUGACGAAAAAAAAUUCAAAGAUUUCUUAUCCUUCUUAGAGACAAAAUUUGAAUUUUUGGAAAAAUAUGCGCAUUCAGAGACCUACAGGGUCCGAUUUGAUAGUGAAAAGAAGAAUGUAAAAGAUGUUAAUAUAAAUUGCUUUAUUUUUAAAAAGGAAGCAAAAGUAAAAAUUGUAAAUAAAUACUACAGUGCAGAUGUUAUUAUAUCAUGUUGUAUUAUUCGGAUAGGGGACCAAAAGGAUGAAGAAAAUAUAUCGGGUAAAGAAAAUAAAGAGAAUGAAAAAGAAUGCUCAGGUGAUAAUGAAAAUGAAAAAGAAUGCUCAGGUGAUGAUGAAAAUGAAAAAGAAAAAAUAAAUGAAGUCAAAUCGCUCAAAGAAAUAAAUGCGAAUGAAAUACCCUGUGAGAGUGUUAUUUUUUUAUUUGACGAUUUUUGUAUAAAGGAAAAAACAGUAGUUAAAGAAAAUCCAUUUAGAAAUUAUGAUGAAGAUUGCACAGAAUAUAUAAAAGAUACAUUAAAUGGAAAAAUGAUAAGAAAUGAAAAUUUUGAUCUUUCUAAUUUAUAUAAGGGUAUUGGCAUAAAAAUUGCUGUAUUUCCUCUAUCUUUUCAAAAAGAAAAUAAAGAAUAUCUUAACUUCUUUAGCGACUAUUUUAUUGAAUGCUUAUAUAUAAAUUAUGAACGCGACUUUUUGUAUAAAUAUCCUGAACAAGUAAUAACUUCAACAAAUUCUGGAGGUCAAAAAUUAAAAAAAGAAGAAAAAAAUUUUAGUAAACUUGAGGACUUUUUUGAAGAAGGGGAUGAAAGGUUGGUAGAAGCUCUUCACUGUCAUAUGUGGAAGGGACUACAAAUCAAGAAGGACAACCUUAUUGUUCGAAGCGUUGCCAUACCAAAUGAGCAGGUUGUAACAAGUGCCAAGGAGUUAAGAAGCAAUGAAAUAGUAAGAAUCUCCGAAAAAGUAGGAAACUGUGAAGACGUAAAAUGUGACAAAAAUGCAAAACUUAUAAAAAAAAUGAGCGUGUCAGCAGAUAAUAAAGAAGAACUUUUCAUGCAAAAUUUUAAUAAAAUCGUAGAAAAAAUAAGAUUAGCUAAAAAUGAGAAUACAAAUUGUGUUAAUGACUCAACAAGAAGAAAGAAAGCAGAGGAUUUAAUUAUUGAAUUGCAACAAUAUUUUUGUGAUAUCGAUGAAGAUUAA